AUGGAGCUGCGCGCCGCGGGGGCAGAGAAAAGCCACCUCCUCAACGGGAUGGAAGGCAGGUCGUAUUUAGGAGUCACAGGGAAGAACCUCCAUGGCUCGAUGGUUGGCUAUGUUCCAGACCUUGCCUCCAUUGAACUGAGCAUGAAGGGGAACCAGCACUGCCAUUCCAGCUGGGCAUCUAGCAGCAGCUAUGAUGCUGAAAAAGUGAGAGCUCGAAGGAAGCUCUAUCUCGCCUCCGUCAUCUGCUUGGUCUUUAUGACGGGGGAAGUUGUGGGGGGAUACUAUGCCCACAGCCUGGCCAUUAUGACAGACGCGGCUCAUCUGCUGACCGACUUUGCCAGUAUGAUGAUUAGCCUUUUCUCUCUCUGGAUGUCAUCUCGGCCACCCACCAAAACCAUGAAUUUUGGCUGGCAUCGAGCAGAGAUUUUAGGAGCCCUGCUUUCUGUGCUGUCUAUCUGGGUAGUGACUGGCGUCUUGGUCUACCUAGCAGUGCAGCGGCUGCUCUCAGGUGAUUAUGAAAUAGAAGGAAACACCAUGCUCAUCACCUCUGGCUGCGCAGUGGCAGUAAACAUCAUAAUGGGGUUUGCCCUCCACCAGCCUGGGCAUGGUCACAGCCAUCAUGCUCAUGACACGAGGGGGCAGAACACCAGCGUCCGGGCUGCCUUCAUCCACGUGGUUGGGGAUCUUGUGCAGAGCAUUGGCGUCUUGGUGGCAGCCUACAUUAUCUAUUUCAAGCCGGAGUACAAAUAUGUGGAUCCUGUCUGUACCUUCCUGUUUUCCGUCUUGGUCCUCGGAACAACCUUGAGCAUCCUCCGAGAUGUGGUGCUUGUGCUGAUGGAAGGUACCCCAAAGGGAGUGGAUUUCAACACAGUGAAGAACAUCCUCCUGUCCAUCAGUGGGGUGAAAGACCUCCACAGCCUCCACAUAUGGGCCCUGACGGUGUCUCACCCAGUGCUGUCUGUCCACAUCGCGAUCAAUGGAGAUGCCGAUGCACAGACUGUCUUGAAGGAAGCGAGUUCUCGGCUGCAGGGAGCCUUCAACUUCCAUACAACAACCAUCCAGAUAGAAAACUAUUCCGAGGACAUGAAAGAUUGUCGGGAGUGCCAGAGCCCCUCUGACUGAUUCUUUCCACCUGCUGAGGAGGGUUGCCUGGCAACCUGCAAACUGACAUUUGGCCUGGUCAAAGCUGCUACCUCGGAGGUCCUACGGUUCUCUCACACCUGGAGACAAUGAAAUGCCAAUUCCUAGUAUGUUUGGGGAGCGCAGCAAAGAACUGCUGUUUCUCUU